AUGGACUACUCCCUGCAAAACCACGCUUCCUACAUCGGCCGUCCGAUCUCCGAGCUUCCAACCCCAGCCCUAAUCCUAAGCAAGCCCAUUCUAGAACAAAACAUCCAGACCUUACUAGAAGAUGUGAAACAGUUGGGAAUUGAAUUCCGGCCGCAUGUCAAGACUCUCAAGUGCAUCGAGGUCACACGCAUGAUGCUAGGAAACGGCACGCACAGACGCAUCGUCGCAUCAACACUAGCCGAGAUACGAGGGUGUCUGGAUCUCGUCAAAGAAGGAAAACUAGACGAAUGCCUUUACGGCCUCCCGGUCUCAUCCACCGCCCUCCCACAGCUGCAAGCCCUAACAAACACUCUAAAAAUCAUCCUAAUGAUCGACAGCGAGCAGCAAAUAGACCUCCUGGAAUCCUACGCCUCAAAGUCCCCAUCCCCCGUAGCACCCUGGCCGGUCUUCAUCAAGAUCGAUAUCGGCUCACAGCGCGCAGGAAUAGUCACCGACUCACCCUCCCUCCCAAGCCUAAUCCAGCGCAUCGAGUCGUCGUCCGCGGCAACCGUAUACGGCUUCUACUGUCACGGCGGACACUCAUAUGCGUGCCGCACAGCAGACUCCGCUGCCGCGGUGCUACACGCCGAAGUCGAGGGUGUUGUCGAUGCAGCGAAGGUGCUUUUAAACGGGAGGUCCGGGAGACGGGUUGUUGUUUCGGUUGGAUCGACGCCGACGGCGCAUGUGGUUAGAAGACUGCGUGGAUUACCCGAGGGAAUGGAGUUGGAGUUGCAUGCUGGAAACUACCCAACAAACGACCUGCAGCAGGUCUCGACGUCCCUCGUAGAACCCUCGCAGCAGGCAAUGCGCGUCCUCGCCGAUGUGUGCAGCGUGUACCCCACCCGCAACGAGGCGCUCGUCAAUGCGGGGACGAUCGCGCUGUCGAAGGAGACGGGUGAAUUCCCCGGGUAUGCGGUUGUCGCUGAUCGGCCGCAGUGGAGUGUUGUGCGGAUGUCGCAGGAGCAUGGGAUUUUGGGGUGGACGGAGUCUGAGCAGACGCGUGGGCUUGUUGGGAAGAUUGGGUCGAGGGCUUGUGAGGGGGAGAUGGUGCGGGAUGCGUUUAGGGUUGGGGAUAAGGUUUUGUUGUAUAUUCAGCAUGCUUGUAUUACGGCUGCGAUGCAUUAUGCUUAUUAUGUUGUUGAUGAGGGGGAUAUUGUUAGGGAGACGUGGGUUCCGUGGAAGGGGUGGUGA